GGCCCCGGCUGUGGGAGCUCGUUCCCCGCCGAAAGCCCUGUCAGUGUAGCGGCCCCGGCUGUGGGAGCUCGUUCCCUGUCAGUGUGGCAGCCCUAGCUGUGGGAGUUCGUUCUCUGUCAGUGUGGCAGCCCUAGCUGUGGGAGUUCGUUCCCUGUCAGUGUGGCGGCCCCGGCCGCUGCUCCGGGCAGCUAGGGACAGCUGCCCCCCGUUCUUCUGGGGCCGGUAGAAAGCUCUGAGAAGGGAGAUAUGCUAAGGGAGGCUAAAUUUGGUUACACUGUCAAACAUGGACUGGAAAAAAGGGAAGAGAGCACUUGAAUAGUGGGAGUACUGAAAAUGCAGGCUUACAUAACCAUCAACCCACAAACUCAGAGCCAAGAUCAAGAAUGCUUGGACAAGACCAUUCUGGAGGGCAGCUUGGCACAGGGUACUGGUUUCUCUGGCUAUGCAGAACAGAAUGUCAGAUGCAUCUUAGUUUCACUGCUGUGAUGAAGUAGACCAGAACUUCUGUGAUCUGAAGUCAAAAUGCACCCACAUGUGGCCACUAGAGUGAGUAAGAUACUGAAUUGUUUAGCCACUGUUGUUUUUAGCAGUUAUUGACUACACUAUAUUGCUACACUAUCCCCCUGUUAAUGGAAAUAUUUGGUUAAUUGCCUAUAAAGUUUGUGUUCUACUAAUUUAAAUUUGAUAAAUAACAGACGCUUUUAGACAGCUUAUAAUCUGAAGUUUUCUUAGUGAUCCAGCAGUCACAUAGAGCUGUUCAGGAACAUGCUCCUGAGCUAAUGUCAACUCCAAUGUCUAAGAUAUUUAGUCUAAUAGCUUAGCUUCAGUUUCUUACUCAAGGAAAUCUUAGUAGUUCAACACUUCUCUGGGAUUUUUCUGAAACAGAAAUUCCAGACUGUGGCUGCAAUUGAGAGACUCGUUUGUUUUCUUGCUUAAAUGAAAGACACAGCUGGAGGCAGAGGCCAUUUGGCCAGCAAACUUCAACUCAAGUGGAGAAAGCUGUUUCUGGAAAAUGUAAGGCCAGAUGCUUCAGAAGUUCAACCACAUCCAUACACUACUGGAUUAGAACUAUACUUAUACCAAUGGUUGUUCAGACAACUGUUCUUUUCCACCUUUUCCACCAAAAAUAAAGUUAUUAAAAAAAAAAUCCCACAGAUGUGUCACACAAUGGUACAGAGCAUACAAGUCCUUUUAGGAAUCCUUGGUAGAUUGAGGACUGGCCACAAGGUUGUAGCUACACUUAGAGCCCUUACUAUGACAUAAAAAUUUACCUAAGUGCAUAUCUUAUUGUUAUCUACAAUUUCUAGCAGUUUGUGUAUCUUACUGCUACACAGGAUUGUUAGCAAUUAUCCCAGCUUUCAGUUAAGCAGAGUUUCUAGUAAUCAGUGUAGCUUUCUUUACUAUCUAAAGUCUUUGGUUAUGUAGGCUUUUAGUCACCUGAGCCCUCUGCAAUUCAGGUCAAAGUCUUGAUAAUCAGUGUGUGACACAACAAUCAUAAUCUAGACUGACUUUACUUAAAGAACCUGCUGGUCCCUGCAGCACUGGCUGACAAGAGGUACUGGACAUCUCUCCUUGAUUGUCCUUUUCCAAUAAAAAUCUGCAACUUAGUUCAAUCUAGAAAUGCCACUGGCAAUAAAAUAAAAUAGUCUAUGAAGUUACUUCUGGAGAAGUAAUGUGUGUACAGGUGAUUUCAUUGGAAGAAGAGACCCUGCCCAACACUUCCUCCCAUUAGUUAAUUUUCACACGUGGUUUUCAGAAAUUCCCUUCAGAAUACAAACAACUUGUUUCGUUUUUUUCCCCUACCCGGUAUUCACUGAAUGCAAUUAAAAAUGAAAGGAACUGGAAUCAUGUAUCAGAUUAAAUCCCAAUUAAAAUCUGUAUUACACAAAUAGUAUUUUGAAGAUAUAAUACUUAACUUCAGCGGGGUUAUUCUGGAUUUGCUUUUGAUCUCAUUAUACUCUUACAAGAGCAAAACCAGCUAAGCUGCUUUGGGGGUGCUGAUGUUACAAUCCUUUUCCCAUGGUGAAAAAUACUUUUUUACUUAAUACUAUGCACUACAUUUGCCAGGUUUGUAAAAGUAGGGAAAUAAUCUGUAGCACAUUCUUAAAUUUAAGAAAGCUAUAAAUAACUCCUUUGUUUCUGUGAACUUUUUAAAAUGGUAAAUACCCUUCCAGUUCCACUUCUUGAAUAUUUCUGUUGGCUCUGCUGUUCUAGUUCCUCCUUUAACAUUUUAGAAAUGAACUUCAAAAGAUGUUUUGAAAUCAGGAUAACAAAAUAGUUUCAUACUCUUUCGCCAGGCUCUGAAGAACUUAUGAUUCAUUUAGGAUUUGAGUUCUACACUGACUACCAAGUUUCCUAGGAAAAAUUCUAGAAGUCAUAGCCCAUUGCUGGCACAGCAGGACAAUAAUGUAGUCAUAUAUUUUCUCUCAGUGUAGUUGUAUCUUUUCUCUCUGACACGAAGCAUUUCCUCCUAUACAUCUACAUCCAGACAGAAUACUCUGAUGGUUAUUGUUUGGUGAAGAACUGCAAUUUCCCAGAGAAUUAGAAAUACAACUCCUACCCACUUUGUUGUACCAGUACAGUACAAACAGUUCAUUUCCUUUAUGCCAGGGUAUUUCUAAAAUAUGAUUGACUGUUUUCUGCUGAAUUAAAAAAGAUGACAUGAAGGUAGUAAGCACAAUUUUUUGUGCUUUAAAAUUCAUGCCAAACAUAAUGCCCAUUUGUAGUUUACCUGCCACGCCUCUGUUUUUUGUUUUUAUAAAGUGCUGAGUUGUUCACAGGAGCAAGAAUAGAAUAGCAUAAAAAGGGUUUCUUUCUCUUCACAGCAGUUGAUUAGACCAGUAACAUCAAAACAGUAGGACAUUUCUUUAAAUAGGGACAUUUUAGAAACACCACCAACAUGCUGUAAAAUUUGCUGAAGCACAAUGGAUGUAUAACUAACAGCAAAGUCAGAUCCUGCAUUAUAUUUUUACUUUUGCUUUGUAUGCAAAAAUACCCAUCCUCCUAAACAACAGGAACUGCCAUAUGUGGUCAGAUGUCUGUAAGAGUGAGUAUGAGGAUGUGAGCUCAUAGUCUGCAUUAGCCUUCAGAACAUCAGUUAGAGGAGAACUUUCAAGUAGUUCACAAACACCUGCAGAAUAAAAGCAGAGCACAGAGCAACCAAGAACGGAAGAAUUUCCAGAAUGAGUCAAGCUGAGGAAAGCAGUGGCGACUCAGCAUGGAAUAUUGUGAGGUCAGUAGUCUGCAUAAUACUGGGCUUGUCAUUUAUAAUUGGCACCCCUGGGAACUGCAUUGUCAUCUGGACUGUUUGUACAAAAAUGAAGAAAGUAUCUCUUUCAGUCCUGCUGAUCUUGAACCUGGCCAUUGCUGAUGUCCUUGUGCUGAUCACUUUACCAAUCUGGAUUUACUCUUUUGUUGACUCAUGGGUUUUUGGAGUCAUCUUCUGCAAAAUGCUGGUUUUCAUUAUUUACUGCAGCAUGUAUGCCAGUAUAUUUCUGAUUACAGCACUCAGCUUGGAGCGGCUACUGGCUGUGUUUUACCCUUUCACAAUUCAAACAUACAUAAGAAAAGAAAAAAUUUCUUUGAUUGUGUUCCUCAUUUGGUUCCUGUCUGUUGCCUUUGGUAUUUCUGUCAUUCCAUUUCAAGAGACAGAAGAAACGAACGGUCGACUUCUAUGCACGUGUCGCAGCUACUCUUCCAAUAGACAGAAAGUGUCCUAUCUUCUUCUGGAGACCCUUGCAGGUUUUUUAAUCCCUUUCUUAAUUAUUUGCACUUGUUAUGUGUGUGUUGCAAGAAGAAUAAGCAGAAUGACAUUCCAAUCCAAGCAGCGAUCGGAACGUCUCAUUGCCAGCAUCGUGGUGGCUUUCAUUCUGUGCUGGUUCCCUCACCACCUCUUUAACAUCCUGGAUAUCAUUUCAAUUGAAAUAGAGCUCUCUAAUGAGGAGAUGUCUUUGGCACUGGAAGAAAUUGUAGACAAAGGAGCGUACAUCUCUGGAGCACUUGUAUUCAUCAGUAGCUGUAUUAACCCUCUGCUUUAUGCUUUUGCCGCACGAAGGUUUCAGAACCACCUGAGGUUUGCCAAGAUGUUAAAGCUGUUUGAACAGAUCAGUCAGACUGUGACAGAGGAAGACAAGAAAAGAAGUCUGGUUGUAGCCAAACAUGAAGAUCCUUUGGCAGGCACAGAAAAUCUCUAACAAGGAACUCAGUGAAUAAUCUGUGUCAUUUCUUCAGCAGUCCUUUCUCCUCAUUCUCUCAGUUUCAUUUACUGAGCAGUCCAGCGAAAGCUGUAGAGAAAGAAAAGCUUUUUGUUUUUUUUCUUGUGUGUUUUAUAAGAAUUGGCAUUAGCAACCUUGUUCAGUUCAUAAAUUAUUACUCACAUCAUGAAAUGAGCACUAUUUCACUGUUGCUGAGAACCUCAACAAGGUGGCUAAAAGCUAAAAUUGUAGGAAUUACAGCACUGUUACUUUCCAUUAAAACUAUUUCUGAUUUCUAGAAAGUCUGUGUGCAGAAAACAGAAAAGAACUGCAUGUGGAAAAGAAACUUUGAAAGCUUGAAACCAAUAAAACUAAGGGUUUUUUCAGAAAAAAAAAGUUGUUACAUGUUCAAAAAUCCUUAUACAAUCUAGAGUUUUAAGAAGUUAAAUUCUUUAUAUGGCUAAGAAUGGUUUUAAAGUGUACUAAUGACACAAAACUCUUCUGGGUUGAUGGAAAAUCCAAAACUAUUUUUUAUUCAUUACUAUAUUUAGGUUUGAAAGUGAUAAGGGUUGCUAGCACAUUCAAGCUCAUUUACAGCAUUAUCUCAGGGUAGUAGGUUUGAACAAGUCAAAUGUGGAGUAUGAGAACUGUGUUGUAUGGCAAACAUCACUGCAGACUGCAUGCUGUAUCUGAUGGCAAACACAUUGCAUACUUCUGGCAAUUUGAUGUAUUAAAUGUAUAUACUUUGAGUUUCCUCAAAAAUUUUGAUUCAAAGAAGUCAAGCUUCCAAAAUGUCUAUUAAAUUGUGGAAGAAUUGGAUCAGGCUCAGGUGAGGAGGAAGGAAACAUCCUUCCUAUUGAUUUUAUGUGUAAGAAAAUUAUGGUAGUAGUACAAAAGUGUCUCAUAUCAGAAGAACUUCACCUUGCAAAUAAAAGAAUUAUAUUUUUCUUCUCUUAUAGAAUAGUAGACUUUGCCAUAGGAAACCAAUAAAAUUAGUGUUUGCAAGGGCUUUAGUUUUGUGAAUGUGUGUAAACUCACUGUGAAAAAUUACAUGGCAUCAAGUGUUUGCUUUUGAAGUUUUAUUUAUUUCAAUUGUGCUUAACAUUUUUUACACUUGCUUUAUAAAUUUUUAAGUCAAUCAUUUGUAAUAAGAUUGAGAUAACUACUGAUUACAAAGCAUAUUGUAAUUUCAGAUUCCGUGUUCUGGACAGAUGCUAAAUAGCUACAUUACUCAUCUUUACAAAGAAAUUACAAGUACUAACCAGCCAUUAAUUUUUGAAAUUUUGAAUAAUUUUGAAUUUUGAAGUGAAGGAUAUUUGAGUUGUAUUAAUUUAGCUUGUAAACUGAAAUAAACAUGGGGAAGUAAAAUCCUUAGCUGCUAAUAACGGAA